AUGACUGGUCCUCCAUCACCGUUGAUAGAGGAUUACCUACGGGAAGCGGGUUUUUGGCAUGUGGCGAUGAUAGGCCGAGGGUGCAAGUUGGACCCGAAACUUAUUAGUGCGUUGAUAGAAAGGUGGAGACCCGAGAUGCACACAUUUCAUCUUCCAUGUGGAGAGUGCACUAUCACUUUGGAAGACGUGCAUUUGCAAUUCAGAUUGCCGGUGAACGGGGACACAGUCACUGGGUUCGUUCAUUCUGCUGAUUGGGGAGCGGUAUGCUACGAGCUUUUGGGUGCUAUUCCGGACAAUAUUAACGGAGGUCGGAUCGAGAUAGGCUGGUUACAAGACACAUUUCCGGAGCCGGAUGAUGAUUAUACCGAACUAGAAAAAAUUCGAUAUGCUCGAGCAUACAUUCUUCAAAUAAUUGGAGGUUAUCUGAUGCCGGACUUGUCACGAAACCUUGUACAUCUGAGAUGGUUGCUGAAACUUGUUGAUUUUAGAGUAGCUGGUGAAUUUAGUUGGGGGUCUGCCGUGUUGGCAACACUGUACAGGGAGAUGUGCUGGGCUACGCAACCGAAUAAAGCGAAAAUCGAAGGUUGCCGCCUAUCACUACUGCAAUCAUGGGUACGAUUUCGCUUUCCAUUUUUACGCCCUCGAGUGGACCACCUAUAUACAUUCCCACUCAUAACGAGGUGGAACCAUUCGGCAAGUUAUGCUCGAUUACCUACCUGUCUUGAAGAUAUACGGCUUCUAUUAGAUCAACGAUCGGAAGCACAAUUUCAAUGGACACCAUACGAGGAUCCGGUAAUUCGGGCAGUAAUUCCGGAUGAAUACUUGCAAAAUCCGAACGCUUGGCACGUGAAGGUCCCAUUGGUCAACUUUGCUAUUGUGGAGAUGCACCAACCGGACAGAGUAUUACGACAAUUUGGAUUCCGACAACCGAUUCCUGUGGCACCUCAGGAAGAUCGGUGUGAUUAUAUACCUACUCGGGAACCGAUCAUCGUUCCAGAGUUGGCGUGCGUGCCGGAAUACAUGCCAUGGUUUAGGAUCCAUGGCAAGCCAUAUUUACUGUCAGAAGAGGAGAGGCAGCGGCAAUUGCAUGUCCAAAGGGAACGACGUGGCCCUUUAAAUCCUAGAAGAAGGGAAGACGACACAAGCCCAUCAACAGCCCACACAAUCACCCGCCCAAAGAACAGGACCUACACAUCCACCGGCCCAACAGUUCAACCGUCGACACCCACAGCACAGCCUCUUUAG